CAUCCUGUGAAGCUCAGGAUAGAAACUCAGAAAGAGCAGCAGAUGAGCCAUGCCUAUCACAAUGGCUAUGGCAUGUCUAUUUCUGCCACCAACUCCUCUCCUUUCCAUUACCACCACCAAAUCUCCUCGCUCUUCUCUUUUUACUACCCACAAGGUAGCUUUGCGCUUCACCUCCUCUUCUACUCCUCUCAGACCAAAAAUAGCCUUCCAUUUCCACAAAAUUCUCCAAAGGAAAACCCAUGUAUGGAGAAUAUAUGCCGCCGCCGAGGAGGCCUUGCCUUCAGACACAAUAACUCCUCUUGAGAGCUCCCAGCGGAUAGUGUCCUCUACUGAUGAUGGAACCGCCAGCAUCAUAUCGGCUCUUCUCUUUGUUGCCUUCGUUGUUUUAUCCGUUCUCACCAUUGGGGUAAUAUAUUUAGGAGUGACUGAUUUCUUGGAAAAGAGGCAGACAGAGAAGUUUGAGAAGGAAGAAACGGCCAAGAAGAAUAAGAAUGGGAAGAAAAUAAAGGUGAGAGCAAGGGCAGGGCCGAGGGGAUUUGGACAGAAGAUUAAUGAGGAUGAUGAUUAGCAUAUGCAGAUGUAUAAUGUAACCUCCACUUUUCGGCAUUUUCAAGAGAUGUUCUUUUUCUUGAUUCUUUCUUAUCGUGGUUAAUUUUGAGAAGCCUUAAUACAAGGCUUCCCUCCAUCUAGAACUGAAAAAACUAAAUAAGAGAUCCAAAAUUAUUUACGUUUUUAA